AGAUCCAAAAGUAGACCGAAUCGCUCACAGCAGGUAGCCGCUGCUCCAGUCGUUUUGCAAGAGACAGAAAGAUAGUGAGAGAACACCUCCCGCUGUCAACUCAGUUUACAGAAGUGGGUGUGUUUGCUGUGCAGUGUCUGAAUAAAACCCGUUUGCCAGAUCUCCACAGCAUCCACAACCGCAGCCCUGCGCACACCAAGAUGAGCGACUCACAGAGUGUCAACAAAAGGGAGAUCAAUGGAGACCUGCCGGCCCCAAACCAGGACGACAUCCCGGCAGAGCUACUCAGUCAGGUGGAGGCGUGCUUGCAGCCCUUCCAGCUGUCCACGAGCCGCCUGGUCGACGUCAGCCAUUGGCUGAGGAGGGACCUGAGUCGGGGGCUGGGCAAGCACAGCCACAGGCGGGCCGCCGUCAAGAUGCUGCCCACCUUCGUGAGGGCCACGCCCGACGGAACAGAGAGAGGGGACUUCCUGGCCCUGGACCUGGGGGGAACCAACUUCCGGGUGCUCCACGUGAGCGUGGGCCACGAGGAGCAGAGGGUGGUCACCAUGGACAGCCAGAUCUGUGAGAUCCCUCAGGACAUCAUGCUGGGCACCGGGGAAAAGCUCUUUGACCAUCUAGCCCAGUGCAUGUCUGCCUUCCUGAACUCUAAACCAGAGCUCCAGGGGAAGACCCUCCCCCUGGGCUUCACCUUCUCCUUCCCCUGCGAACAGAAGGAGAUCGACAAGAGUAUCCUCAUUCGCUGGACCAAAGGAUUCAACUGUGACGGGGUCGAAGGUCGCGACGUGGUGCAGCUGCUCAGGGAGGCGGUCCUGAGGAUAGGGGAAUAUGACAUUGGGUCCAUUGCCAUGGUGAAUGACACAGUAGGGACUAUGAUGAGCUGCGGUUAUAGAGAUCAGAGUUGCGAGAUUGGCAUGAUCAUAGGCACGGGCACCAACGCCUGCUACAUGGAGGAGAUGAGGAACGUGAAGCGGACGGAGGGCGAGGACGGACGCAUGUGCAUCAACACCGAGUGGGGGGGCUUCGGGGACGACGGCUCCCUGCAGAGCAUCCUGACGGAGUUCGACCUGGUGGUGGACCGCGAAUCCCUCAACCCCGGUGUGCACACAUUUGAGAAGAUGAUCAGCGGCAUGUACCUGGGUGAGGUGGUGCGUCUGGUGCUGGUGAGCCUCGCCCAGGAGGGCCUGCUGUUCGGUGGACAGACGUCCCCUGACCUUCUCGCCCAGGGCCACUUUGAGACCCGCUACAUGUCCGACAUUGAACAGGAGGAUGUAGGUUUGGACCAGGCCCAGGUCAUCCUGACGGGGCUGGGUCUGAAGGCCGGCCCGGUUGAUUGCCGCGUGGUACGCUUGGUUUGCGACGCCAUUUCCACGCGCUCCGCCCAGCUCUGCGCCGCUGCCUUGGCAACGCUGGCCAAGCGGAUCCGGACCAACCGCGGACUGCAGCGCCUGGAGACCACGGUGGGGGUGGACGGCACCGUCUACAAGAAACACCCCAAUUUCAGCCAGAAGCUCCAGGCCGCCGUAAGGGUCCUCGCCCCCAAGUGUCACAUCAAGUUCCUGGUCUCGGAGGAUGGCAGCGGGAAGGGCGCCGCCAUGGUAACGGCCGUGGCACAGCGGCUGGCUCGCCAGUCCCGCCUCCUGGAGGAGAGCGACGGGGAGGAGAGCGAGGAAGAGGAGGUGGAGGAAGACGAUGAAUAUAUGUAGAGGCCUCCGGGAUACAGACAGAAAAAUUUAGGAGAUAUUUGUCCUUUGCUGUUAAUAUUUGCGCUUUGUUGGUGAACUUGCUUUAUAUGCAUAUGGUUGUGGGUUGGGGUCCCGAUGGACGCCUUGCUAAAGGGCAGCAGGGCAGCUCUGGAAUAGAGAAAAGUGUGACGUCACGUUUCCAUAGCAACCGAUUUUCGGUUCUACACAAACCAAAUUAACAAGGGGUAAUCCUAACUUUUGAUAGAAAAGGAACUUUUCUAUCAAUUUUUUUUUUUUUUUUUAGGAUUUUUUUGCAAAUUGAUUUGCGAGUUUGCUUUACCAAUGAUGUAAGUAAUAUUGAGAUUGGGACAAUUUACCGUUGCAUUAUAAACUUUAUCUUUCAUGCUAGGGUGAAAUCUUCCUUUUAAUAGGCCUACCCCAGGGGAAUACAUGAACGCCUCGACACGUUUAGAUUGGUAGUGAUUUUCACCUCUUGAAAUUGAUCUGUUUUCAUUUUGAAAGAAACAACACAUGGAAGCAUUGUUAAACGCAAUCUCUCGUUCCGUUGUUAGAACCGAAAAUCUGGUUGCCAGGAUAACGUGACGUUUUCACUUUAGUACUCUAUUGCCCUGACCAACCCUGAAAGUCAUUAUUAAAGCCUACAAGAUUUGUAGUUAUGUUGCCUAAAGCAGCCUUCCUCCAACGUGCCCUUAAACUAAACACUGAACUCACUUUAUCGUUAAUUAAAUGGACAUAUAUAUUUUAUAUUUUUCUUAAAUAUAAGCACUGCCAUACAGAUUAUAUAUUAACGGACUCUACAGACUUUAGCCUUUUGUCAUGUGUCAAACCAAGUUACCACACACCAAGUUGAACAAAGGGUUUGUGAUUCUGUCCACUUCCUUGUAUUUGUUAUUGUCAUUUGCAUAAUUUGUUUACAUGGUUCUAUCCGUGCUUCAUUCCAUCCAUUACUGCAGUGUAGCGUUGCUGCCACCAGGGGGCCAAAAUCAGCCUCAAGGGCUAUUUUUUUAUUGGAAUUUUUUUGUCCAUAAUCCUGGCCUGGAACUCAGCAGGCGCAGACUUACCACUGCACAUGCCAGUGUUCGUCAGUAGGUUGCAACCUUUUUAUAAUGCAUAUAUCAUUGCUGAAAUCCCAAUGGAACACGUUUUAAUUAAUAUACAGUUCAUGUGAUGUUUGGGUUCUCAAAUUGAAAUUCAACACACAAGUCUAUUGAAUACAUUAUUGGUCUAUAGAUGCUUCAAUUGUAUUUAUUGUAUUCAAUCAUUGUGAUUAUAAAUAUGCUUUACGAGGGAUCA